CCAUGAGAUCUAUUCGAUCUUUUGCCAAUGAUGAUCGCCAUGUUAUGGUGAAACAUUCAAUCAUUUAUCCAUCUCCAGAGGAACUCGAAGCUGUUCAAAAUAUGGUAUCUACUGUUGAGUGUGCUCUUAAACAUGUCUCAGAUUGGCUGGAUGAAACAAAUAAAGGCACAAAAUCAGAGGAUGAGACAGAUGUGAAGAAAGAUGAGGCUGUAGAAAACUAUUCCAAGGACCAAGCUGGUCGGACAUUGUGUGGUGUAAUGAGGAUUGGCCUGGUUGCAAAAGGCUUGCUGAUUAAGGAUGAUAUGGACUUGGAACUGGUUUUAAUGUGCAAAGACAAACCUACAGAGACCUUGUUAAAUACAGUCAAAGAUAAUCUUUCCAUUCAGAUUCAGAAACUUACGGAAGAGAAGUACCAAGUGGAACAAUGUGUAGAUGAAGCAUCUAUUAUAAUUCGGAAUACAAAAGAGCCCACACUAACUUUGAAGGUGAUACUUACUUCCCCUCUAAUUAGGGACGAAUUGGAGAAGAAGGAUGGAGAAAAUGUUGCGAUGAAAGAUCCUCCGGACUUACUGGACAGGCAGAAAUGCCUGAAUGCCUUGGCGUCUCUCCGACAUGCCAAAUGGUUUCAGGCAAGGGCAAAUGGACUAAAAUCAUGUGUGAUUGUUCUACGCAUUCUACUUAAUUUGUGUAACAGAGUCCCCACGUGGGCACCAUUAAAAAGAUGGCCACUAGAGCUUAUAUGUGAAAAGUCUAUAGGUACUUGUAAUCGUCCUUUGGGCGCUGGGGAGGCCUUGAGACGAGUAAUGGAGUGUUUGGCAUCUGGAAUACUACUUCCUGGGGGUCCUGGUCUUCAUGAUCCUUGUGAGCGAGACCCGACUGAUGCUCUGAGCUAUAUGACUGUCCAGCAAAAAGAAGACAUUACCCAUAGCGCACAGCAUGCACUCAGACUGUCAGCCUUUGGCCAGAUUUAUAAAGUGUUGGAGAUGGACCCUCUUCCAUCUAGUAAGCCCUUUCAGAAGUAUUCCUGGUCAAUUACUGACAAAGAAGGUGCUGGUUCUUCAGCUCUAAAGAGGCCUUUUGAAGAUGGAUUAGGGGAUGAUAAAGAUCCCAAUAAGAAGAUGAAGCGAAACUUAAGGAAAAUCCUGGAUAGUAAAGCAAUAGACCUUAUGAAUGCACUAAUGAGGCUCAAUCAGAUCAGGCCUGGGCUUCAGUAUAAGCUGUUAUCUCAGUCUGGCCCUGUCCAUGCUCCAGUCUUCACAAUGUCUGUGGAUGUGGAUGGUACAACAUACGAAGCCUCAGGACCGUCCAAGAAAACUGCAAAACUUCAUGUAGCAGUGAAGGUAUUGCAGGCAAUGGGAUACCCAACAGGCUUUAAUGCAGAUAUUGAAUGUAUGAGUUCCGAUGAAAAAUCAGAUAAUGAAGGCAAAAAUGAAACCGUGUCUUCAAACUCAAGCAAUAAUACUGGAAAUUCUACAAGUGAAACCUCCAGUACCUUAGAGGUAAGAACUCAGGGCCCUAUCCUCACAGCAAGUGGCAAAAACCCUGUAAUGGAGCUCAAUGAAAAAAGACGAGGGCUCAAGUAUGAACUCAUCUCAGAGACUGGUGGGAGCCACGACAAGCGCUUUGUAAUGGAGGUAGAAGUAGACAGACAGAAAUUCAGAGGCGCAGGUCCAAAUAAGAAAGUGGCAAAGGCAAGUGCGGCUUUAGCUGCUUUGGAGAAGCUGUUUUCUGGACCCAAUGCAGCAAAUAAUAAGAAAAAGAAUAUUCCUCAGGCAAAAGGUGUUGUGAAUACAGCUGUGUCUGCAGCAGUCCAGGCGGUUCGAGGCAGAGGCAGAGGUGCUCUGACGAGGGGAGCUUUUGUUGGGGCUGCAGCUGCUCCUGGCUACAUAGCUCCAGGCUAUGGCACUCCGUAUGGUUACAGCACAGCUGCUCCUGCCUAUGGUUUGCCCAAGAGAAUGGUUCUGUUACCCGUUAUGAAAUUCCCAACAUAUCCUGUUCCCCACUACUCAUUCUUUUAGCAAAUGACAGAAGCUCAUUCCUAUUGAACAACAGUACAGUACAAUACAGAAUGUUAAAGAAAAAGCCUUUUUAUCCUGCUUUCUUUGAACACAUACUUGAUCAAAAUUAUUUGUAAAGAACAUCUUUCCUACUUUUUGAUUUUAACAAAUGCAAAUUUAGUUCUCUAAAACUUGAAAACAGAC